CCCGGGCCCGCGGGGGCAGCCGGCACCAUCACGCCUCACGCACGCCUGCCACCCACUCACUCUGACUCCAGCUCUGGCGCACUGUCUGCCUCGAACUCUCAAGGUUCAGCUCCCUCCCUCUGCCGCUUUUUCUUCCGCCGUCCCCUUAUCCUUCCCUAUUGGGCUCCCUCUCCUUCAAAAUCGCUCCGGCGCUCCGGGCUUUCCCAUCUCCUGGCUGUGAGGACCCCGCAACUGCCUUCUCUGUUCAACCCCCAGAGCUUUCAGAGCGUUGCCACGUCUCUAAGCUCUAAUCCCAGCACACACACACACGCGCGCACGCACCCGCAGACACGCACGUUUCCUGUCCCUGUGUGACACCCACCCUCUGCGGGGCGGCCGCGCCGGUCCCCGCGCGGUGUCCUCAUCCCGCCACACACACACGCACACACGCACGCGCGCGUGCAGGGCGGAUCGGAGGGCAGCUCGCCGACAGUUCGCAUUCGGAGGCGUCCUGCUCCAGCCUCGCAGAGCCGAUGGCAUCUCCCGGCUCCGGCUUUUGGUCCUUCGCAUCUGAAGAUGGUUCCGGGGAUCCCGAGAACCCUGGCACAGCGAGGGCCUGGUGUCAGGUGGCUCAGAGGUUCACGGGCGGCAUCGGAAACAAGCUGUGCGCCCUGCUCUACGGGGACGCCGAGAAGCCGGCAGAGAGCGGCGGAAUCCAGCCCCCGAGGGCCGCCUCCCGCAAGGCCGCCUGCGCCUGCAACCAGAAGCCCUGCAGCUGCCCCAAAGCGGGGAUCAACUACGCGUUUCUACACGCAACAGACCUGCUACCAGCGUGUGAUGGAGAAAGACCCACUUUGGCAUUUCUGCAAGAUGUUAUGGACAUUUUGCUUCAGUAUGUGGUGAAAAGUUUCGAUAGAUCAACCAAAGUGAUUGACUUCCAUUACCCCAAUGAGCUUCUUCAAGAAUAUAACUGGGGAUUGGCAGACCAACCACAAAAUCUGGAGGAAAUUUUGAUGCAUUGCCAGACAACUCUAAAAUAUGCAAUUAAAACAGGACAUCCCAGAUAUUUCAAUCAACUUUCUACAGGACUGGAUAUGGUUGGAUUAGCAGCAGACUGGCUGACAUCAACAGCAAACACUAAUAUGUUCACCUAUGAAAUUGCUCCAGUAUUUGUGCUUUUGGAAUAUGUCACGCUAAAGAAAAUGAGAGAAAUCAUUGGCUGGCCUGGGGGCUCUGGCGAUGGGAUAUUUUCUCCUGGUGGCGCUAUAUCCAACAUGUACGCUAUGCUGAUUGCGCGCUUUAAGAUGUUCCCUGAGGUCAAGGAGAAAGGGAUGGCUGCGGUCCCCAGGCUCAUUGCCUUCACGUCUGAGCAUAGCCAUUUUUCUCUCAAGAAGGGAGCUGCAGCCUUGGGCAUUGGAACAGACAGUGUGAUUCUGAUUAAAUGUGAUGAAAGGGGGAAAAUGAUCCCAUCUGAUCUUGAGAGAAGGAUCCUUGAAGCCAAACAAAAAGGAUUUGUCCCUUUCCUUGUGAGUGCCACGGCUGGGACCACCGUGUAUGGAGCAUUCGACCCCCUGUUAGCUGUUGCUGACAUUUGCAAAAAGUAUAAGGUCUGGAUGCACGUGGAUGCAGCUUGGGGUGGGGGAUUACUGAUGUCCCGGAAACACAAGUGGAAACUGAGCGGCGUGGAGAGGGCCAAUUCUGUGACAUGGAAUCCACAUAAGAUGAUGGGCGUCCCUUUGCAGUGCUCUGCUCUCCUGGUUAGAGAAGAGGGAUUGAUGCAGAGUUGCAACCAGAUGCAGGCCUCCUACCUCUUUCAGCAAGAUAAACACUACGACCUGUCCUACGACACUGGAGAUAAGGCCUUACAGUGUGGACGUCACGUUGAUGUUUUUAAACUCUGGCUAAUGUGGAGAGCAAAGGGGACCACUGGGUUUGAAGCACAUAUUGAUAAGUGUUUGGAGCUGGCGGAGUAUUUAUACAAUAUCAUCAAAAACCGAGAAGGUUAUGAAAUGGUGUUUGAUGGAAAGCCUCAGCACACAAACGUCUGCUUCUGGUAUGUACCUCCGAGUUUGCGUGUUCUAGACAACAAUGAAGAGAGAAUGAGCCGCCUCUCUAAGGUGGCUCCAGUGAUUAAAGCCAGAAUGAUGGAGUAUGGGACCACAAUGGUGAGCUACCAGCCCUUGGGAGACAAGGUCAAUUUCUUCCGCGUGGUCAUCUCAAACCCCGCAGCAACUCACCAAGACAUUGACUUCCUGAUUGAAGAAAUAGAACGCCUUGGACAAGAUUUAUAAUAACCUAGCUCACUAAGCUGUUUCAAUUCUCUAGGUAGACAAUUAAGUUGUCACACACUGUGUAAAUGUACUUGUAGUUUGUUCCAAAGUAAAUCUAUUUCUGUAUUGUGGUGUCAAAGUAGAGUACAGUUUAAAAAUCAAAAACAAACAUUGCUCCUUUUAAAAAUCCUUUCUUAAGUUUAGAAUACCUCUCUAAUAAUUAGUGACAAAAGGCUGUGUUCUAAUCACUAAGGAAAAGCUUAAAAUUGUUACAAAUACUUCCCUUACUUUUAAUAUAGUGUGCAAAUCAAACUUUAUUUUCACUUCAGAGUAGUAGGGUUGAACAGUGCCAAAUUGCCCCUGAAUCAUAAAAGGUUCUCUGGGGUGCAGUGAAAAGGAUAAAGUAAAUAUAAAAUGUAUGCUGACAAUAAAAAAACUCUUGCCUUUUUCAUAGUAUUAGAAAAAAAAAUUCUAAUUUACCUAUAGCAACAUUUCAAAUAUAUUUAAAUACAUAUAAUUUUACAAAAGGAAAAUAUAUAUAUUAAAAAGAAAUCCUAUUUUGUAACAUAUAGAUUUUUAUUUUAUAUGGGUUAUACAAACUGCAGGGGCAGAUAUUAAAAACUAAGCCAGAUUUUUUUUUCUCUUUCUUUUAAUGGAGGCACAAUAAAACACUUAGCAAAGUUAUUUUGAAACAUAGGCCCACAAAAUUCUUAAAAGGUAUGAUGCCUUCUUUCUGUUCAUUUUAUGACUUAUCACAUCUCUAAAGUUAGUAUUACAAAACAGACACAAAAGGAUACUGCAAGUUCUUUAAAAUGAUUGGUUAGCUCGACAGUAAGACUUACUUCCCAUUUAAGUUUUCCAUCCGUUGGACCUUAGUAGACCCGCUCAGUAGGCAUGACAGCCAUGCUUCAUCUUAGACUAAAUCAGGGUCAUCGUCUCUAUUCUGCUUUCCAGUUCAGCCUGUUUAGAACAGAAGGUUGAUGCUGGUUCUUGAGAUAUCUUCCCAAACAGUAUUCUUUUAUUAAGUCAUUUGGAUUCAUUAGAGAAAAUAAAAAUAAAAUCUCAUCAGCCCGAGCAGAGGAAUGAAACACACUCCAGAUGUGGUGAGCCCAGAAAAUUAAACUUGGCCUUAGGUCUCUGUGUGAGAAUAAUGAUGUCCUCCUGGAUGCCACAGUGUCCCUGCCCAGGAAGGAGUCGUUCCCCUCCCGGGUCAUUGCUCUUUCCCAUUCACUCCCCAUUCCGACCCACAAAAGUCUCUCCUGCUAAGCUCCCCGUGACUGGGAUUCCCAGUAAUUAAUUUCUACUCCAUUCGUGGUUAUUUUCCUCUCAGGAAAUGAGCUCCUCACCUAGAAUUUGGAGACAGCCUCUUAAGACCUUCUUUUAUCCUCUGUCUCCCAUCAAGACCCAAAGUGACCAGACUAUGUAGAGAUCAUAUGCUCCUUAGAAUUCAAAAUAAUAUUUUAAAAGCAUCCUUCUGCCCCUGCAAACCUGAUGGAGGGACAUGAGCUAACGAGAGCUCCCAUAGAUAUUUAUGGGGCACAGACUGUCAGAGUCAGAGAGGUAGUGGACCCAUAUAUGCAGACUGCGGACGCACAUUUAGCAACAUUCAUCCUUUCUGUGCACCCCAGUCAGAGCAGUGGUCAGGAAGAUGGCAGGUGUAUGAGGGAGGAAGGAGGACCCCAUCCUUCGCCAAAGAGAAAAGGCCUCUAAUACGACCACGGGAGCCAACCACCUGCAAGCUUCCUGAGCUUGCCCCUACGUUCUCUCUCCCAGGUUACAUAUGAAAACGUUGAUAUUUGAGAUGAACAUGGCUUUGGGCCCUCUCUGUGUAGGAAGCAAAUGGAUUCCCUAUGACUAUUAGAAGAAAACGCUUUAUCUGUGCCCCAGAAUUUCAUGAAGGAACAAGGCUCCUAUUCUAGGCUGGGUCUAAUGACCAAGCAUUCCUUUCCUUUCUAGAAAUUAGCUGUUGAGAAUAAGCACACAACUGCCCACCUAUUGUGAGCCUCAGGCCACAGACCCCAUCUCAGAGGCAGAGACACUAAUUAUCAAACCCGCCAUCCUGCUUGGAGGAGACGGUGAAGCCCAGUGCCCUGAUCUGGACAGAUCCCUCUCUACUCCAGGAUGCUUCUAUCUGGGGUUAUAGAUUCUCUAUCAGAAGCGGCUGCUUUUUCACUUGAUGGUAUGACAGAACUUAAAGGAGGAACAUUUGUGCCUGUGUUUGAAGUUCCAGCAAAAGAGUUUUUACCAAGAGCUUGUUUCCCCGACCCCCUGCCCCUUCCAGGUUCGUCCCCAAGUUUGCUGGGAGCCUUCCUCAAUCCUAAGCAGUGAAAAGCUACCAGCCAUAACCCAGGGAAGGAGGUAAAUAAAAGCCUGAUAAGUCCCGGUAGCUUAAUAAAUAUUCUUUAAAGUAAGUCUGUAAUCUACUCAAGAGAAAGGGAGGGAGGAAAGAAGGAAGGAAGGACAGAAGGAAGGAAGGAAGGACGGAAGGAAGGGAGAUUGUUUUGAACUUUAGCCAAAUUCCCAGUGCCAAAGGCCUUUAUGUGGGACCAUUCUUCACAAAUAUUAGAAGAGUUUGGCUUUAGCUUUAAUCACAAUUGACAUGGCCAUUUUCAUUCAGAUAGCAACAUUGUGUUUAUUAUUUUUAAAUACUUGGAAAAAAAAGUGUGGUAUGUCUCCAUCGGAGACACAUAAAUGGUAUUGACUUCCUGAACUGUCUCAAGGACGUGAGGAAAGAAAAGGAAAUCAGUUGUGUGUGUAACUGUGCUGCCUUUAUUAUACUGCUAGUACUGUCUCGUCACCUCAGAUGGGGUUGUGCACUUUAGAUCUGAACUUACAGUGUUGCAAAUCAACAUGUUUUGCUGUAAAAGCUUGUACAAUAUGUUAUUGAUGUGUCUUUUCCUGUGUGGUAGCCGUACUGAUUUUCUGAGAACCACGUUCGCAUCUGUGCCCAUAACCCUCUCACCCGCCCUCUCUCUGCUAAAAGUGUGCCCUGCACCUCAGCUCUCACAGGGAAUACCCUCGGCUCCGCUCGCUGCUGAGAAAUCUCCUUUGAGAACUGUGGGAUUUCACAAAAUGCAAGGAGGAUGCUACUUCAGUGUCUCCGAGAACAGAGGAAACCAGUAUGGAGGGUCACAAACAGCCAACGUUGCAGGCGCUGUCCCUGCUAAGAUUGGGAGUAGGUGCUACUCCUCAGAAUACGGACCAAGAAAGCACGGGUGUAAAUAUAGCAGCAGGACAAGGAACUCAGGAACCUAACAGCGGGUAUCAUCUUGCACGUGCCCUCCUGUCUUCAAACGCUAAGUGCAAAUGCUGUGUAUUGAUUAGUUACCUGUGCCAAAGUCCUGUCCCCAGUCAGUGUUUCCAAAGGACAUUGACAUCUCCCCAGCAUCGCUCCGUUACUAAGGACAGAAAUCAAUAAAAACUAUAAACACAUGGCAACCUGUUCUUCUUACCAAAUAUAAACUUGUGUAUGAUCAAAGUAUUUUAUGUGUUGUUUCUCUAAAUCCAAAUAAAUGUGUAAACGUGGACGUA